AUGGCUGCCGUCACUCGUCAACCAUUUGCUCCCCUUGAUGGGGCUCGUCUUCAGAACCUCACCAGUCUCAAGAACAGGCAGAAUGCUCUUCCUCCCACUGCUGGAAAGCGCAAGGCCGAAUUGAUCGACACCGACGACUCUGAGAACAUUGACCCAUCCGUCUUUGCUAAGCGCUCCAAGGCUUCCUCCAAGGACAUGCUCAAGCCCUCUGCCUUUGUACUCAAGGCUGCUCCCAUCCCCGCUCCCUCUGCUCUGCCCGAUCGCCUCACCAGCCCGACCAAGUCUCGCCGCACCCUCCAGCCCAAGUCUCCCGCCUCUAGGCUCAGCACCGGAAGCAUCACCAAGUCGUCUCCCCUCUACGCCCCAGCUGGUCGCUCUCCCACCCGAACCAAGCGUUCCGGUCUGGCCUCGAGCCGCCGACGUGCCCUUGGACCCUACACCCGCGUGGACCCCCCUUCCUUCAGCCUCGGCUCUGCUGCUCCCUUUUCUCUCGAUGCCGCUCUCAAGGGCACCAUUCCCGGUUAUGGGUCUUCCAAGCCUGCUCCCAAGGAGCCGUUGAGUGCUCUCGGCGAGGGGGAGAUGAAGGCUAGCUGGUUCUUUGAGAUUCACGAGGAUACCCCCGAGCAGGAGAUGACCAACCUCCUCCAGCACAGCACCUGCGUUCUCGAUAUUUCGUCUGAUGAGGAGAGUGAGCGCAAGCGCAGCAGGGACCGUGCCGAGGGCCGCGACAAGGAAAACAUUCCCCCCGCCGAUGACGUAUCUCAGACCUCAUCCCGCCGGUCUGCGCGAGUCAGCGCCGAUGACAUGGUUGUUGAGAAGGAACGUGUUGCGCUGGGUGAAAUGAACACUGCCGACUUUUACGCUGAGGGUUGUGAUGAGACUUCGGUCAUUAUCGUGCCCGCGGAUGAGGAUGAGGUGCCAGAGCCAGAGGUUUCCAACAUGACCAAGGACUUUGUGUAUGCGCCAGAAGAGAAGACCGAAGAGCCCACAGAAGAGAUUGAGACUCUCAUGGCCAAGCCAACAGAGGGAUCAUCCAAGGCUGCUGUGCUAGAACCCAUCGAGGGAACAGGCGAGAGCUUUGAGCUGUGGGAAAGCGGAAGCUCCAAGGACGAGGCAGAACCAGCGACAAGCUCAUAG